AUGUUCCCCUCCUCGAACCGCUCCUUGUCGUGUGACAACAUCGCACAGCAAGCGCGGGAUGCUGAGAGUCAGCAGAAGACGGGCAAAGAGAUCCCUCACGCGCAUGCGCAAGCUGGCGAGGGCUCGCAUAACGGUGCACCGGAGGAAACGUCGAGGGUUCACUUGGAUCAUCCUCCUCCUGCUAAACCUCCCAGCGUCUGGAAGAACCGCAAGAACAGGAGUGUCUCCUGGGACGACCUUCCUGCCCAGAUAAACUCCAUGAAAGACGCCGCCAUGAUGGCGUUCGUAUCCUACUGA